UCUAGUAAAUUUCACAAGCGGACGACAUUUCCUUUCGCAAUAGUUUAUUUUUAAUUUUUGGUUGUAAUUCUGUUUAUAAAAGUUUGUUCUGUAACGGCAGUUUCAUAAGACUUUAGAUUUUGGCAAAGAACAUUUGAAGAAAACACAGUCCGUCAAUUUUAUUUGAGAACUAUCGUUUGGGGACAGAUCUUUCUACCCUGGAAGUUGUAAAUCUGCCAGCCUUUACUAAGCCUAGCGUUUCAUCAAGCACCAUUGAAGCCAGGAAGCAUCCAGUUUCACCUAUCACAUCAAAAGCUAUGGAAGGUACAGUGUCUGAGAAUCCAGUACCCACCCAAACCAUUGCCCCAUCUACUAAUCCCUGGGCAAAGAAGUCAACCCCGUGGGGAAGAAGCCCUCCAGUUGUGCCCUGCUCUCUGGAGGAAGUGAUGAGUGAACAGCUGGCAGCAGAUCUUCAGGACAAGGAAGGGUGGCCAGAGUUAGGUCCUGUGGAGACAAAACAGACGGUGCAAGGACAAGAAGCUGCUGCAGCUGCUGUUCCUGAUGUGACUGAAGAUGAAGUGACAGAGAUCCUGGCAGCUGCAGGCAUAGCUACAGACAAGGAUGGGACAAGUGAUGAACUUAUUGCCCGGAUGAUGCAGCUAGAGUUUGACAGAGAACAUAACAAAAUGCUUCAGAAAGAACAGGAAAAAUUGAAUGGAACUAACAAAGUUCAAAUAACAUUUGACAACUAUAAGACAAGACAUCCAGUAUAUGAGGCAGAAGAAGAGGAGGAUAGUGAUGAAUAUGAAGAGCAACCAGAGAAAAGUAACUGGGAUAAGAAAAGUCCUAAAAUUGGCCCCAAAGGUUACACUGGCUCUGGGAAGAACAUCACUACCAAGCAUGACAAGGAAAUCUGUGGCAGGCGCAAUGCUGAGAAGAUGAUGAUGUUCCCCCCAGGUUUCGGGUCGGGAGAUGGUGAGGGCAUGGACAUGCAGCUGCCGAACCAUGUGUACAACAAGCUGAAGGCUCACUCACAGAAGGAGGACAAGCACAGAGAGAAGCUGCACGAGAAGAAGGAACACUCUACUGCUGAGCAUGCUGUAGAUCCCCGGACUCGACUACUGAUGUACAAGUUGGUCAACAAUGGCGUGUUGGAUUCUAUUUCUGGCACCAUCAGUGGUGGCAAGGAGUCUGUGGUCUUCCAUGCUUUUGGUGGCAGUAUUGAGGACAUGAAUGUGCCAAAGGAGUGUGCUAUUAAAGUGUUCAAAACAACACUGAAUGAAUUCAAGAAUCGGGAACAGUACGUCCAUGGAGAUCCCAGGUUUUUCAAGGAUGACUUCAAGAAACAGAAUCCAAGGAAAAUAAUGAAACUGUGGGCCAACAAAGAAGCUUACAAUCUCAACAGGAUGAAGAAAUUUGACCUCCCCUGCCCCCAUGUGGUUGUAAGAAAACAGCAUGUUCUCGUCAUGUCUUUCAUUGGAGAGGAUGGAAUAUCAGCUCCUAAACUGAAGAAUGCAAGGAUGUCAUCUGCAGACAUGGAAGAUGCAUAUGCACAAACAAAGAAGAUAAUGUGGGACUUACAACAGAAAUGUGGCAUUGUACAUGCAGACUUGAGUGAGUUCAACAUGUUGUGGCACAAGGAUCAGGUGUAUGUCAUCGAUGUGAGUCAGGCUGUGGACCAGGUUCACCCCAAGGCCAUGGAGUUCCUCUACAGGGACUGCUGUAACGUCACAAGGUUCUUCAAUAGUUACGGCGUCCAUGAUGUGGCAUCACCAGAGGAGUUGUUUAAUGAAACCACAAGGCUCAGUAUUCAGGGAACAGGAGCUGACUUUCUUUGUCAGGUUCAGCGCUAUGACAAAGACAGGAAGGAAUCCAUGGUAACACAUGCCAAUCAAUACAAGGAGUAUGCUUUCGACUUCCACUUCGAUAUUUCACAGAGGGAGAGGGAGAUGGGUUCACAGGACAGUGAUGAAGAGGACUGAACAUACAGCACUCAGUACAGUUCGGUCUGACCGGGAAUUGCUCACUGCCAAAGCCAUGUUGCCCAGCUGAAUGCAAGCUAAUCUAAAGAUGAUGUUUGUCUAGCUGCAGUCUUACUGCAUCAGGGGUAAUGAAAGUAUCACAGUCUUUCAUGACAAACUUGAAACAGUCGAUGUUGGUGUUUGUUUCCUGUUUUCUGACUUUGUUCUUCUCGAAAGAAGAAUAUAUUGCAGACAAACAAGUGAAUGAAAGCUCACUUUACUACAUCAAAAUCAGAAUGCUACAUCUCGUAAUAUUUCAAUAAGAAAUAUUAGUGCAUAUCAUUUAAUGCAUAAAGUUGAAAUCAGGUAAUGGUUGUACAAGAGUGUAUAAGAUAUUCAUGUGUGCCUAGGUAGGUCAUCUUGAUGUGAAAAGUAAACCCCAUGAGAUGCACGCGCACACACGCGCACACGCACACACACACACACACACACACACACACACACACACACACACACACACACACGUCUUUGAUGUGUAAACAAAAUGGUCAGUUACUUCAUAUAUUAAGUUUGACUCAUACCAACCUCAUCCAGUGAUAUGUUGCUGUGCCUAUAUUCUAUGACGGAUCCGACCAUGUAUUUGGUGUUCAUAAAGUAACAUUUACCAUGUUUAACCAUGUCAUUGCAUUCUUGAUUUAAUGAAACAGAAUAUAUUUUUUAGUCUUGACUUUGAAAGUGUAUGCCAGUGUUCAAAACUCAAAAUUUUCCAGUCUUUUCACACUAUGAAAUAAGCUAAUAUUCAGAAACGUUACCAUUCCUGAUGAAACAUUAUGUGUGACUUAUCAUGCUUAGAUCAACAGGUGCUUUUGCUUGUUGUACUAUAUCUAACUGAAACAGGACAUAUUGAUCAGUGGAGUACACACUGCAUAUUGAAGCAGUACAUAUUUAUUACAGAUGCAUAUUUAUUAGAACUGGUCACAGUUACAACAUGUAAAUAUUUGUGCAUAAUGUGUAUGAACUAAUUCCAAAUGAAAUGAAGCCUUGAUGUGAUUGCCUUCGUCAAUGUCAUUUUCAAAAUGCACAAUAUGACAAUCUCCCAAUAGAAAAACUAUUUGUUAAUGAUCAGAAACAUAACUGUCGUGUUCUUUUGCAAGAGUGAAUGAAAUGUGUAGAUUGUCUUUCACUCAGCCAUUGAUGCAGCAUGUCUGCAUCCUUGUUAUAGUUGUUAGUUUCAGUAUGUGACUGUAGUGUUGUUUUGUCAUAAGGCAAAGAGUUUUGAUCAUGUCCAGAUCACUUCCCAUUUGUAAUGUGACAUUGUCAAACUGAUGUGUGAUGUUAUCACCGAAUGAAUGUGUGGGAUGAGUGAUGUUGAUUCUAUUUAUGUCUUGAGUAUCAUUUACAUGGUUCUUUUUACACAGGUGUUGGAAUAAAAAUUUCAACAAGAAA